CCACUAAAAGUACACUUUACCUUACCCAUAUUUCAAAACCUCCCAUCACUUGUAUUACUUCACACCUUCAUUCUCUUCAUUCACAAAUCAUCAAUAAUAACAUAACCACCCUACCCUUUCUACCAUUAAUGCUUCAUUUUUUUCAUUCUUCCUUUUUUACCCCUCCACCUUCGUUACACUGAAAAAAAUCACCAACAAAACAUUCAACAAAUUCAAAUGUUUCUUCUCACAACUAAACUAGAUACAUGUUUUUCAUCAUGACCCACAUGGAUUUUCUCAAGAAAUUCAAACGCUUUAACCCUCUAGAACCUUCUUUAACUAUUGUUGGAUUCUUUUUCGCUGCUAUUCUCUUCAUUACUUGCUUUUUUUAUAUUGAUUACAACGCUUUACUUCGCUCUCAUGGAAAAUCUCUUUUUUCCUUUCAUUUUUCUUCUCUAUCUUCUUCUAUUCAGUUUUUGAGUCAACAAGGUGAUAACUGUGAUGUCUUUGAUGGAAAUUGGGUUUGGGAUGACACAUACCCACUUUAUCAUUCCUCAAAUUGUUCAUUCUUGGAUCAAGGUUUUCGUUGCUCUGAGAAUGGUAGACCUGAUAGUUUCUACACUAAGUGGAGAUGGCAACCUAAAGAUUGCAACUUGCCAAGAUUUGAUGCAAGGAAGAUGCUGGAAAAUUUACGAAACAAGCGGUUAGUUUUUGUUGGCGAUUCGAUUGGAAGGAACCAAUGGGAAUCGCUGCUUUGUAUGUUAUCUUCUGUCGUUACGAACAAGAGUUCUGUCUAUGAGGUUAACGGAAAUCCAAUUACAAAGCACACAGGCUUCUUGGCGUUUAAGUUUGACGAUUUCAACUGUACCGUUGAAUACUACAGGUCUCCAUUUUUAGUAGUGCAGGGACGGCCUCCUCCCGGGGCGCCUGGACAGGUGAGAUUGACUUUGAGAGUGGAUCGUAUGGACUGGAAUUCUCAUCGGUGGAGAGGUGCAGAUGUGUUGGUGCUCAAUGCUGGACAUUGGUGGAAUUACGAAAAAACUAUCAAAACGGGUUGUUACUUCCAAAUAGGGGAGGAAGUGAAGAUGAAUAUGUCUACAGAAGAUGCAUUCAGAAGAUCAGUCGAGACAGUAGUUGAUUGGAUCACCCGUGAAUUAAACAGGAACAAAACAUACGUCCUUUUCCGAACCUACGCUCCUGUGCAUUUCAGGGGUGGUGACUGGAAUACCGGUGGUGGUUGUCACAUGGAAACGCUGCCCGAUUUAGGCUCCUUGCCUGUACUCUCCGACGUUCAUUUCAGUACUGUAACUGAUGUUUUGUCAGAACACGUGCGUAAAUCAAAUGUUCUGAAUGUGGACUUACUUAAUGUCACCCAAAUGUCAGUACGCAGGAAAGACGGCCAUAUGUCUAUUUACUAUCUCGGGCAAGACCAUACAGCCGCUAUGCAGCGGCAAGACUGUAGCCAUUGGUGCCUCCCAGGCGUUCCUGAUUCAUGGAACGAGAUUCUUUAUGCUCUUCUUCUCAAGAAGGAGGGUUUUUCGAAGCAAAAUACAACAAAUGUUUCUCAAAUUUUGAUAUAAAAUAGUCUAUACAGUUUGCAGAGAAUCACAUAUAUACAAAUCUUUGCCAACCCUUCAUCAUUGGUGAAUGACAAGAAGCUGGAAGCUAAAUUUUCCAUCUUUGUGGUCAUUUUCACUAAUUGGCGCAUCUAAUUAUGUUAGUUAUUACAAAGCAAAGAAAUUAACAUGUUUGGUAUAAGAAACAUGUCUUCUGUUUCUAUUUUCUAGUUUUACUAGUAAUUAUAAACAUAUCAUCUUAAUUCACCUUAAUUAUUAAUUUUUGAAGAUUUGUACAUCAUAAACUAUACAAAGUAGCUUCUUUUUUUGUUUUCUUGUACAAAUCUUUGAAAAUAUAAAUAAAGUGAAAAUAAGAUAGUGUUUAUGAUUAUUAGUUAAAAUUGAAAAUACAAACAUAAUAUUUCUUCUUAAAAUGAACAUGCUUGUUGACAUGAUUUCAUGCAAAAUGAUUGCUUUGACCCUCUUUGUAGUGGUCUGCCAUUUUAGAUGAACUUUCCUGAUGGGAACAUAAUGUGUGAAUGGUGAAUUUGAGGGAUAGAUAGCUUAUAGAAAAAUAAUUAAUAUUCAAAGAUACAAACUUGGUUGUAUCAGAAGGCAUGUAGCAUUUGCUUUUUGUUGGUAAAUCUCAAGUGACAUUGGUCUUCAAAAGAUUAGUGGAAGGUGUGCUAAGUUCUUGCUGUUACAUUUUGUACAUAGUACUAUAUAUUAAAAGAGAUUUUUUUGUGGUAA